GAGCCGGGGGCAGGCGGGACGGGCCGGCCGCGGAGCGCGGCCCCGCAGCUGCUGUGCCUCGCGACUUAGGCCUAGAUUAGCCAGGCCUGGGCUGACUUUCCCGUGCUAAAGCGAGCAUGCGAUUUAAAAACAGCGUAGGAUGCCGGGGCAUUAACAUAUAACUUGUAGUUGGCUGGGUUUGUGCGCUUAAGUUCCUCGUUCCAGGGGUCUGGCGUCUGGGCAGCGCCAUCGAUAGCUGCCUUCCUCAGCGACAAUUAAGAAAUAAAACCAGUGACAGGGGCACAGAAUGCCCUGGUGUGGAUCUCUCCUGUCACCCACAGAAACUCGAGCCCUGUGGGAGCUGUUAGACAAACUGUGUAAAUACAUGUACACAUGAGGGCAGGUUGAAGACAGUCAACAGACUGCAAGUAAUAUUACAACAUUUGAAAAUGUCAAACCAAACAGAUUCAACAGCUGAAGUGUUGUUGGAAAAGAGAGGAGGUGCAGGCAUAAUAACUUUGAAUAGACCCAAGGCUCUCAAUGCACUAAAUCUUCCUAUGAUCCAACAAAUUUACCCACAACUAAAGAUGUGGGAGCAAGAUCCUGAAACUUUUCUAAUAAUUAUAAAGGGAACUGGGGGAAAAGCUUUUUGUGCUGGAGGUGACAUCAGAGCCAUCACAGAGGCAGGAAAAGUUGGAGAUAAACUGGUACAAGAGUUCUUCAAAGAAGAAUACAGGCUGAACAACGCCAUUGGCACUUGCAAGAAGCCAUAUGUGGCACUUAUUGAUGGCAUUACAAUGGGAGGGGGAGUUGGCCUCUCAAUUCAUGGACAUUUUCGAGUUGCUACAGAAAAGACACUUUUUGCAAUGCCAGAAACAGCAAUAGGCCUGUUUCCUGAUGUAGGUGGAGGGUAUUUCUUGCCAAGGCUCUCAGGAAGGGUUGGCUAUUACCUCGGACUAACAGGAUACAGGCUGAAAGGAAGAGAUGUACUCAAAGCUGGCAUCGCUACACAUUUUGUGGAAUCCGAAAAGCUACCUGCCUUAGAGAAAGACCUGAUAGCACUGAAAUCGCCUUCAAAAGAAAAUAUAGCAGACUUACUGAACUCUUACCACAAGAAGUGCACAGUUGAUCAAGAAAAGAAGUUUGUACUUGAUGAGCACAUGGAGAAGAUUAACAGUCUUUUUUCAGCAAAUAGUAUGGAAGAAAUUGUCAAAAAAUUAAAGCAAGAUGGUUCUCCUUUUGCCAUUAAGCAGCUGGAGACUAUUAAUAAGAUGUCACCUACAUCCUUGAAGUUGACUCUCAGACAGCUCAGAGAAGGAGCUUCAAUGAGCUUGCAAGAGGUACUCAGGAUGGAAUACAGACUAAGCCAAGCAUGCAUGAAAGGCCAGGACUUCUACGAAGGGGUUCGAGCAGUGCUGAUUGACAAAGACCAAUCCCCAAAAUGGAAGCCACCUGCUCUAGAAGAAGUCAGUGAUGAAUUUGUGGACAACUGUUUUAAGCCAUUGGGAAACGACGAUCUCAAGUUGUAAAGAUCAAGCCUAUUGACAUCUUAUAUAUCUGCUCUAAUUCUGUAAUAUAAAAAUUAAUAGUA